AUGAACGCAAACAACCGCACAAACGCUCGCCUGCCACCAGAGGUCAACAGGGCUUUGUUCGUCCGCAACUUGCCGUUCAAGAUCACACCAGAGGAGAUGUACGACAUUUUCGGGAAAUAUGGAGCGAUUCGCCAGAUCCGUGUGGGGAACGCCAACGACACAAAGGGAACAGCAUUCGUCAUCUACGAGGACAUCUUUGACGCCAAAACCGCAUACGAGCACCUGCAGGGAUUCAACAUCAUGGGCCGUUAUCUGAUCGUCCUCUACUACCAGCCCAACAAGGUCACCAAGAAGAUGAACUUGGCCAAGAAGGAAGAGGAGCUCAAGGAAUUGAAGACUCGCUACGGUAUCGCAGACGACGAUUAA